UCUGGACCGUUCUGAAGAUCAGGAUGGACACGUCCAGUACUGUGAUCAGUGAGAAGUCUGAAACUCAAGAGAGGCCCAAAUGGGACAAUAAAGUCCAGUAUCUGCUGACAUGUAUUGGAUUUGCAGUGGGAUUAGGGAAUGUGUGGAGAUUCCCAUACCUGUGCCAGAUUUACGGAGGAGGAGCGUUCUUGAUCCCGUACAUGAUCGCACUGGUGUUUGAAGGUUUGCCGUUACUGUAUCUGGAGUUGGCGAUUGGUCAGAGUUUGAGGAAGGGCAGCAUUGGUGUCUGGCACUCGAUCUCUCCUCUGUUGGGUGGAGUGGGUGUGGCGUCUAUGAUCAUCUCAUUUCUGGUAGGCUUGUUUUACAACACUAUUCUGGCAUGGGUGCUGUGGUAUUUCUUCCACUCGUUUCAAGAACCGCUGCCCUGGAGUCAAUGUCCUGUAAACGAAAAUCUCACAGGUUAUGUAGAGGAAUGCGUCCUGAGCACACCAGUGAAUUAUUUCUGGUACAGACAGACCCUGAACAUCUCUCCAGACAUUGAGCAGAGCGGAUCACUGCAAUGGUGGCUGGUGGUGUGUUUGGCUUCAGCGUGGAGUAUCGUUUACAUCUGCUUCAUACGGGGCAUAGAGACCAUUGGUAAGGCUGUGUAUGUGACUGCAACGUUUCCAUACUUGGUGUUGACGAUCUUUCUGGUGAGGGCCCUCACUCUUCCCGGUGCCACAGACGGUAUCUUGUAUCUCUUUACACCAGACUGGAAAAUACUGAUGGACCCUCAGGUGUGGUUAGACGCGGCCACACAGAUCUUCUUCUCUUUGUCUCUGGCAUUUGGAGGACUCAUCGCCUUCUCCAGUUACAACCCUAUAAAGAAUGAUUGUGAACGGGAUGCUGUGGUCGUGGGAUGCAUUAACAGCGCAACAUCUCUCUAUGCUUCAAUUCCAAUAUUUGCCAUCUUGGGCUUUAAAGCCACGUCUAACUACAACACUUGCAUCAACAGUAACAUCUUGGAUCUAAUCAACACGUUUGAUGUCACGGAGACAAACAUCACAGCUGAGAACUACGAGAGCUGGCUGAAGUCACUAAAUGCGUCAGAUCCAGAUAAAUUCUCAAGUCUGAACCUCAAACACUGCAGCCUCCAAAGCUUUCUGGACCAGAGUGCUUCAGGAACGGGUCUGGCGUUCAUCGUGUUCACAGAAGCUGUGAUCGAGAUGCCAGGCUCUCAGGUGUGGGCAGUGCUGUUCUUCAUCAUGCUCUUCAGUCUUGGCCUUUCCUCCAUGUUUGGGAAUCUCGAGGGUGUCCUGACGCCUCUGCUCGACCUGCACAUGGUUCCAAAGUGGAUGCCAAAAGAACUCUUCACAGCUCUCAUAUGUGUGGUGUGCUUCCUGGUGGCCCUGAUCUUCACGUUGGGUUCUGGGAACUACUGGCUAGAGAUCUUCAACAGUUAUGUGGGCUCUGUUCCGCUGCUCGUCAUCGCCUUCUUCGAGAUUGUUGGUGUUGUCGUGUUCUAUGGCACGAAGCAGUUUAGUGAUGAUAUUGAGUACAUGACGGGGCGCAGACCGAACAUCUUCUGGCGUGUGUGCUGGAUGGGGAUCAGUCCUGUCAUGUUAUUAGUUGUUCUGGUGGCUUACGUCGUCGUUCAGGUGCAGAAACAUCCCACAUACCCAGCUUGGAACCCAGAAUAUGAAAACUUCCCAGAGACAGAAGAGAAGCCGUAUUCUGACUGGGUGUUUGCGAUCUGUGUGCUGUUGAGUUCUGUUCCCGUCAUCUCCAUCCCCAUUGUGGCCGCUUACAGACUGAUCAGACGACGAACAAGGUCACACACUGGCAACAACUUCCCAAACCCCUAUGAUAAUGAGGCCUUCAAAACCAACAGCGAGACUCAGUCCUCCUUCAAAUCGGUCUAA